CACGAGCGGAGGCCGCGGCGCCGCCCUCCGGUCCUGAGUAGCCCGCGCUGCCCGGAGCCCGCACCGCCUUCUCACCCGCACCGACGCCAACCGACCUGACCCGGCCUGGCUCUGCCCGGCCAGCUAGAGCGCAGCGCAAACAGGAAGCAUCCCGUAGAGCAGGGAAGAACGCCGCGUCCAGGCAGUACUAGGCCCUGGGAGCUCAGCACCCCUCCCUAAGGACAUGAAGCUGUUGGAGAACUCAAGCUUCGAGGCCAUCAACUCACAGCUGACUGUGGAGACAGGAGAUGCCCACAUCAUCGGCAGGAUUGAAAGCUACUCGUGUAAGAUGGCGGGAGAUGACAAGCACAUGUUCAAGCAAUUCUGCCAGGAGGGCCAGCCACAUGUGCUGGAGGCAUUGUCCCCGCCCCAGACCUCUGGCCUCAGCCCCAGCAGACUAAGCAAGAGCCAAGGUGGUGAGGACGAGGGUCCUCUCAGCGACAAAUGCAGCCGAAAGACCCUCUUCUAUCUGAUCGCCACGCUCAACGAGUCCUUCCGACCUGACUACGACUUCAGUACCGCUCGCAGCCACGAGUUCAGCCGGGAGCCCAGCCUCAGCUGGGUGAGGGUGGUGAAUGCAGUCAACUGCAGUCUGUUCUCAGCCGUGCGGGAAGACUUCAAGGCCCUGAAGCCACAGCUGUGGAACGCAGUGGACGAGGAGAUCUGCCUGGCCGAAUGUGACAUCUACAGCUACAACCCGGACCUGGACUCGGACCCCUUUGGGGAGGAUGGCAGCCUGUGGUCCUUUAACUACUUCUUCUACAACAAGCGGCUGAAACGGGUUGUCUUCUUCAGCUGCCGCUCCAUCAGCGGAUCCACCUACACGCCCUCAGAGGCAGGCAACGAGCUGGACAUGGAGCUGGGGGAGGAGGAUGAGGUGCGCAGAGGCAGUGAUGGUGGCCCUGAGGAGCCCAGCACCAUGGAGGACAGGGUCCCGGUGAUCUGUAUGUGACAAGGCGCAGAGGCCGCAGCUUCAUCCAGCUUCAACCAGCGCCUGGACCUGCCCACCUGAGGAGCCCCAGGGCCUCCCCAGCUGCUGGCCAGACCCUGGCGCUGCCCACAUAGCCCUUUGCUUCCAGCCGACCGAUAGCGCUCACCCUCACAGGCUCUGCUGCCCACACUGUGGCUGGACUGGACAGACAGCACAGGGCCUGCUGCGGGGAGCCACUGCCCUGCCCAAACCGACACAGGCAGGGCCAGCUGGACCACAGAGUUUAUUUUUGUAUUUUGUACCGGCUCAGGCCUCGUCCUGCACACUCCAGCCCAGAAGGCCCGGGACUGGCAGGCGGGCCCCAGCGAUUAUCCGCCCUGGGCUUGGGCCGGAUCCUGGGGCCCACCUGUACCCCCCAACCUCGCCCACUGGGCAGCGUGCACUGAGUGUCACUUUGCAGCAGCUCGUUUGUUUCCAAUAAAAGUUUCUGAGACUUA